CUGAUAAGUGUACUAUCUAUGCAUUACAUUAUAGCUAUUCCAAAUUCAUCCAAUUUCUAGGAAUGGCUCUCGCCAGUCCGAGGAAAAGGUGACGGUACAGCUGCCUGUGUUAGCUCUCAAUGAAGUAUACAUAGGAGAGAGCUUGUCUUCGCGAGUGUCAUAUUACGAGAUAAAAAUCGACAAAAGUGCGAUGGUUAGACAGAAAAGCAGUGGAAUUGCUAUUUGUACAGGAACCGGUUCUACGUCGUGGUACUUCAACAUAAAUAAAUUGACUGAUCAAUGUGUUUCCGAAUUGCUUCGCAUAGCAUCGGAACGAUGCAAGGUAAAUCUACCGUUCAAUAAUGAGCAAGUUGUCAGCGAUAUCUGCACAAAAUUCAAUCAGCAGCUGAUAUUUUCCCCUGAUUCUCAACGAAUGGCAUUUUCUGUACGAGACCCUAUCUUCAACGCGACAUUUCCUCCAGUAUCUCCUCGUGGAUUUGCUGAAAGGAUCGUUGUGAAGAGUCGAGGAUACGAUGCGCAUCUGGUAUGA